AGAAGCGUUGUUUGUGUUAUAAAACAGUUAUGCCCGGCGACGAUGGUUCCUCUCUUACAGAACCCCAGGUGGUCGAAGCCGUUCCUACGAAGGAUGAUUCCCCUCCUGCCAAAGAGGAGUUGACCACAUUACAAGUUUAUACGAAAAACUUACCUCUUAUCUGUAAACUAGGUGCUGGUUUCUUUGCUGAUGCUUACGACAUGUUCGUUAUUGACAUAGUCUUGGCUAUUCUCAGCGAGAUGCAAGAGGAAGAUCCUACUGGACUAGGCAUGGACGCCAGUACCAAAGGUCUGGUGGCCUCGGCGACUUCUAUCGGUGCGGUUGCUGGUAUGCUUUUCUUCGGAGUUGUUGGUGACCAAGUUGGUCGCAGGAUUGGUAUCUUAUGUACUGGUGCGUUCGUGGCACUAGGUGCUGUUUGCUCAGCGUGUAUUCAACGGUCUACGACGUUCUCUUUGGCGCAUCAGCUCUUUGUGUGUCGUCUCGUGUUGGGCUUCGGAAUCGGUGGUGAGUAUCCUCUAUCUGCAGCUAUGGCAUCGGAGCGCUCCGAUAACGCUACUCGCGGGCGCAUCACAACUGGUGUUUUUUCGAUGCAAGGACUUGGUAUGAUAUUCGCUGCCGUUCUGCCUCUCAUUUUACUCUACGCCGGUUGCCCUAUGGAGAUCUGUUGGCGUGUUCUCGUUUGCUUCACGGUCGUGCCUAGUCUCACUGCACUGUAUUUGAGAUUGGGUAUGAAGGAGUCUGCUGCCUUCAAGGAGCAACAAGCCCGCAAGAAGAAGAAUAAGACGAGUUUCUCAACUCAGUUGAAUGGUUUCCUAAGUACACUGCGGGUAUACUUGAGGCCGCUUAUCGGCACUAUGAUGGCGUGGUUGUGUAUGGAUGUUACAUUCUAUGGUACCGGUGAGUUUAAGCAUUCAGUGUCAGCUGAACUCUUCCCUAAUGGAAGUGGCGAGCAGGCGGUCAUCCAAGACGCUUGGUUCGCUUUGGUUGUCUCCUUACUGGCAUUGCCUGGUUACAUCUGUGCCUGUUGGUUCAUUGAUAUCCUUGGGCGUUGGAAGAUACAGGUUCUAGGUUUCUGUAUGAUGUGUAUUUUCUACGUUGUUAUGGCUAUAUGUACGCAAUUCAACGCGAACAAGUAUCUAAAUUUGAUCAUUUUCGGCAUUACUUUCUUCUGGACUAACUUUGGUCCCAAUACUACGUCUUAUGUCAUCCCCUCGGAGAUAUAUCCAACCAGUGUAAAGACCACUUGCCAUGGUAUGUCUGCAGCUUCUGGAAAGCUUGGUGCGAUUAUAGGGUCGUUCAUUUUCCCUACGUUGCAGACUUCUAUUGGUCUCGCCGGUGUUAUGUAUGUGUGCACUGGUGUGGCUGCAUUGGGUCUUAUCAUUACACUUAUAUUCCUCCCUAAGAAGCUGGUUGAAGCCGCUGCUAAGGGCAUUUUCCUCAUCACGCCUCCUACGCUUAAUAAGGGGACUUCAGGAAGUGCAUCUGUGGGAGGUGAUAUGAAGGCAAUAAACUCUUCAUCAUCAUCCGUCUCAACGGUGUCGGUUGAUGGUGUUGACCUGGUUCGUGAUAUCGAAGAGGGCCGUGGCUCGAGCCAGUCUACUUCUGGCUAUGAGGGUAGUGCGGUACCAGUAUUGGCUGGUGGACGGUAGUCAGUGCUGUACAUAGUGGUAUUCAGCAGCAACAGCAGUGCUAUUUUAAAAGCCGCUGCUGCCGAUACUGCGGAUAUUAUGUUACUAUCAAUUACCUGUCAAUACAACUACCUUCGUUAAGGCCAAGUAGUUGCCACUUUAAUAAGACUAUGAUCAUUGGGACUCCAUGUUUUAGUGUUUAUACCAGUCCUUGCAUUUCUCUCUUUGUCCAGCAGCAGCUGUGAUGACUGAGUAUAUCCAUUCGUUGUGGUAUUAUGAAUGAAGUAUGUCUAAUGGUUCUCUUCUUCUUGAGCAUCAAGUUCUGUCCAUAAUAUUCGUCUUAAUGUCUUUGAGCGAAGGAAGCAUCUGAUGAUUGAGCUUUAGUAUUUGGAUAAGCCACUCUUUCUGAGCGUAUCUAAUAUAACGUAUCACCAGUCAAUGGUUCGGUGACACGCAGUUUACAUCUGAACUUGAGACUCCUGCUAUCUAGUUGAGGUCGUUUUCCAUUGGCGAAUUAUGAGCCCAUUAUUGGAUGAGCCUGUUGUUCCUUCGGAAAGCGGUCGCUUUCGUUUUACAUUCGGUUCCCGAGUGUCGUUCUUACCGUUUUUGUUGGUCAACUGCUUUAGUUGUCCUCUAGUUCCUCCUUCCUGGGUGUCACCGUACCAUGCAGGGUGAUGCGGACGUGCUCUUGUCGUCUAGUGAAAAGUAUGUCACGCCUUGGCUGUUGAUGCCCUUGGCGUUGCUUUCGUGACCGUUGCCCUUUGCUGUCUGAUAUCUGUGUCCGGAAUGGGAAUGAGACCUUUCCGUUUACACCACUGCUAGAGCCUAUAGGCUUCUAAUACAACUUAGAUAGUGCUGUAAGAAAACGAUGUCUGGGCGACCUACACGAUGGGCCGCAGGUUUCGUUUUCGUUCAAGCACAGAAGAAAAAUUGUCUACUAGCAAGCGUUCCAAGCGAUUGUUACGUUUCUUAUGAUCUGUUGGUGAACCGAUAGGUU